ACUAUCUAUAUAUCUCCAACCCCUUGCUGGCUCUUAUGGGCAUGAAACACUCUUCCCGCUGCCUGCUCCUAAGGAGGAAAAUGGCGGAGAACGCUGCCGAGAACACCGAGGUCAGCAGUGCACCCUCCCAACCUCCUCAGCCUGUUGUGGUACCCAAGCCUGCACAGUGUGUUCACCAUGUAUCCACCCAGCCCAGCUGCCCUGGACGAGGAAAGAUGUCUAAACUGCUGAACCCGGAAGAGAUGACCUCAAGGGAUUACUACUUUGAUUCCUAUGCUCACUUUGGGAUUCAUGAGGAAAUGCUGAAGGAUGAAGUACGCACGCUCACCUACAGAAACUCCAUGUACCACAAUAAGCACGUGUUUAAGGACAAGGUGGUGCUGGACGUUGGGAGUGGCACGGGCAUCCUUUCUAUGUUUGCUGCUAAAGCAGGGGCCAAGAAGGUUUAUGGGAUCGAAUGCUCCAGUAUUUCUGACUACUCAGAGAAAAUUAUCAAGGCCAACCACUUGGACAACAGGUGGGAGAACGUGUACGGCUUUGACAUGACCUGUAUCCGGGACGUCGCCAUGAGAGAACCCCUGGUGGACAUUGUCGACCCAAAGCAAGUGGUGACCAAUGCCUGUUUAAUAAAGGAGGUAGACAUUUACACUGUGAAGACUGAAGAGCUCUCAUUCACAUCCGCAUUCUGCCUCCAGAUUCAGCGCAACGAUUACAUCCACGCCCUGGUUACCUAUUUUAAUAUUGAAUUUACCAAGUGCCACAAGAAAAUGGGAUUUUCCACAGCCCCUGAUGCUCCCUACACCCACUGGAAGCAGACAGUUUUCUACUUAGAAGAUUAUCUCACUGUCAGGAGGGGCGAGGAGAUUUACGGGACCAUUUCCAUGAAACCAAAUGCAAAAAAUGUGCGGGACCUUGAUUUCACAGUGGACUUGGACUUUAAAGGACAGCUGUGUGAAACAUCUGUAUCUAAUGACUACAAAAUGCGUUAGCACACAAAGGAAUUUGCAGAAAGCAAAAACAACAAAAAAAAAGAA